GAAACCUGUCAAUCACCGUCAUCAAAAUUUCGAAUAGUUCACUAGCAUGGCGUACACAUCGGCUGGCGGCAAGAAAAAAGUUUGCUAUUAUUACGAUGGUGACAUCGGGAACUACUACUAUGGCCAAGGGCAUCCCAUGAAACCGCAUCGUAUUCGUAUGACACACAACCUUCUGCUUAACUAUGGCUUGUACAGAAAGAUGGAGAUAUACCGACCUCACAAGGCUGCGAUGGAAGAAAUAACCAGAUAUCACUCAGAUGACUACAUUAAAUUUCUUAAAUCAAUCCGUCCGGACAACAUGUCCGACUAUACGAAGCAGAUGCAAAGAUUUAAUGUUGGUGAGGAUUGCCCUGUAUUUGAUGGACUGUACGAGUUCUGUCAACUAUCAACUGGAGGUUCUAUAGCUGGUGCAGUAAAGCUCAAUAAGCAACACACAGAUAUCGCUAUAAACUGGUCAGGAGGCCUGCAUCACGCCAAGAAGUCUGAGGCUUCUGGCUUCUGUUAUGUGAACGACAUUGUGCUGGCUAUCUUAGAACUGCUCAAGUAUCACCAGCGUGUGCUGUACAUAGACAUAGACAUUCAUCAUGGCGAUGGGGUGGAGGAAGCGUUCUACACCACUGACAGGGUUAUGACAGUAUCUUUCCACAAGUACGGCGAGUAUUUCCCAGGGACUGGAGACUUGAGGGAUAUUGGAGCAGGGCGUGGAAAGUACUAUGCCGUCAACUUUCCUCUUCGAGAUGGGAUUGAAGACGAGUCGUACCAACAAAUCUUUCAACCUAUUAUCACUAAAGUGAUAGAGAUCUAUCAACCAAAUGCUGUAGUUCUGCAGUGUGGUGCUGACUCCCUGGCUGGCGACAGGCUUGGCUGCUUCAAUCUCUCCCUCAAAGGCCAUGCAAAGUGUGUUGAAUUUGUCAAGAGCUUCAACCUGCCGUUACUCAUCCUCGGUGGUGGCGGUUACACCAUCAGAAAUGUUGCUCGUUGCUGGACCUACGAGACAUCAGUGGCCCUGGACUCAGAUAUUGCCAACGAGUUGCCAUACAACGACUACUUUGAGUACUUCGGUCCUGACUUUAAGCUACACAUCAGUCCGUCAAACAUGACCAAUCAGAACACACCCGAUUACCUGGAUAAAAUCAAGCAAAGACUGUUUGAGAAUCUGAGGAUGAUUCCACAUGCUCCUGGUGUUCAGAUGCAACCUAUUCCUGAAGAUGCCUUUCCAGCAGAGAGUGACAAUGAAGAUGAAGAAGACCCAAAUCAGAGGAUAAGCAUCCGAGCCUCUGACAAAAGAAUUGCUUGUGAAGAGGAGUUCUCAGAUUCUGAGGACGAAGGUGAGGGUCGUCGGGAUGUUCGGGAAAACAGGCCACACAAACGACCUCGAGGCUAUGCUUCUGACAAGGCGGUCACCAAUGGCAAUGCAGAAAAUGCCAAUGGUGGCAGUGAUGAGGCAAAAUCCACAUCCUCAAACUCUGGUAAUACCCCUGCUCCUAAGCCUGCUCCUGAUGCUGAGGACAAGCCCAAGAGCUCCAGUGGGACUAGCACACCUAAGGAGGGUGUGCCCAAGACUAUUGGUAGCACAACAGCCGCUGACACCACCGCCCAGGCUAGCCCUGCCCAAGAUGUCAAUAGGAAAAGCCCUGUGUCAGAGGCCGAGGCCCCUAAACCGAGUGCAGCCAAAGAGGAAGCUGAACCAGAACAAAUGGACACCUCCGAGCCAGAGCCUGCAAAAGAACCCUCAAGUGAGAUUAAACCCGAAGCAUCUAAACCAGAAACUGCCAAACCGGAAGCGACCUCACCUACAGUAGACGGAGAACCAGCAAAACCGGAGCCGGCAGAAGAGUCUAGCGCUAAACCCAGCGAAGAAGCCGAGAUUAUGGAGGAAUAGGGAUACGAAAAGCUUGUUUUCUUCGACUCAUCACGCGCUACUAUUAUUCUGUAGUUUUACAUCUUUAUUAUAUUAUGUAUUGUAAUAUUAUUAUGUUGUUUUAUAUUUGUUUAUUGAGACAUAAAUCGUCAAAAAUACCAA